ACUACAAUCUGUACGUCAGCGGUGUCUAUCCAGCUCAGAGAUCCAGAGACAUGGCUCCGUGAGACAGCACAUGGCGGCCUGCAGCCAUGAGUCAAAUAUUCAGUACACAACUAUAACCCGGUUCAGCUGAACAUUUACCCACAUAACCCCUCUUAUUCCCCCCCCCAAAACAGGACCGCCGCUGAAUGUGGGAAUUGGAAUCGGAGUCACUUUAUUUCUUAGCGUUCCAAGUAGUUUCACUUUUUUGACAGUUUAAUUUUUCGAGUUGUUUUCAUUUCGCUGGGCAGCCAUCAUCUUCAGUAUGGGAGUACAGGGAUUUCAGGAUUAUAUCGAAAAACACUGCCCAAAGGCUGUAGUGCCGGUGGAGCUGCAGAAACUGGCACGGGGCAGCUUGGUUGGAGGAGGCCGCCAACGACCUCCUCAGACUCCGUUGCUGCUCUUGGUGGAUGCCGAAAACUGCUUGCACCGGCUCUACGGAGGCUUCUAUACGGAUUGGGUGAGUGGGGGGCAGUGGAACCACAUGUUGGGUUAUCUCGCAGCCCUGUCCAAGGCCUGCUUCAACGGCAAUAUAGAUCUGUUCGUGUUUUUCAACGGCGCAUUGGAGAAAGGCCGUCUGCAUGAGUGGGUGAAGCGACAGGCCAACGAACGACAGACGGCCCAGCAGAUCCUGAGCCACAUCCAGAAUAAGGGCACUCCGCCUCCCAAGGUCUGGUUCCUGCCGCCCGUUUGUAUGGCACACUGCAUCAGGCUGGCACUCAUCCGCUUCCGUAUCAAGGUUGCACAAAGCACAGAAGAUCACCAUCAGGAAGUGAUUGCGUUCUGCAGGGAAAAUGGUUUCCAUGGUUUGGUUGCAUAUGACUCCGAUUAUGCACUAUGCAACAUUCCGUACUACUUCAGUGCCCAUGCCUUAAAAUUAAGCCGCAAUGGGAAAAGUCUUACAACCAACCAGUACCUGAUGCAUGAAGUUGCCAAGCAGCUGGACCUAAAUCCAAAUCGUUUCUCAAUCUUUGCUGCACUUUUAGGUAACCAUAUCCUGCCUGAUGAGGAUUUGGCUGCCUUUCACUGGAGCUUACUUGGCCCUGAACAUCCUCUUGUUUCUUUGAAGUACAUGGGAAAAUCAGAAAAUCCUUAUAGGAGGACACAGCUUGGAUACCCCCAACUAUCCACAUCUUCUGAUUUCGAGGUACGUGCACAUCAACUUGUUUUGCCACCCUGUGAUGUGGUGAUCAAAGCUGUUGCUGACUACGUUCGCAACAUUCAGAAUAUCAGUGAUUUGGAUUCCAUUGCAAAAGAUGUUUUCAAGCAAUCAAAGUCAAGGACUGAUGAUAAAGUAAUACGGUUUAAGCGAGCAGUUGAAUAUUAUUCAGCUACCAGCAAGUCCUUACCAUAUUCACCAGCUCACUACAUGGUUAGACAAAACCAUCUUGGACUGCCUUCUCCCAUCCCCAUCUUCGUACCUCAUCCAGUGCUUCACAUUCCACAGUCUUCUGUGCCUUCCAAAGUUGCAACUCAACAGCCAGGUCCAGGUGUUGAUGGCGGCCAGAGCCCUUCUGACUCCUGCCCCACACAAGAGGCCUCCAGUGGGAAAAAUCUACCUGAGCAAAGUAACCAUAAUAACAUUCCUCAAGAAGGAAAACAUACGCCAUUGUAUGAACGUUCUUCUCCAGUCCAGCAAAGUCAGCAAGACAGUCCCAAUCACACAGAACCAGCUGUUCCGUCAUCUACAUCAUCUUCGUCUGAGAAUGAUGAAAGUAGUGGGGCUACUAACCAUAUCAGUGAGAACAAACUUGCCUGGGAAAAGUCUGGAACGCCUUUGGAAAAUCAGACAGGAGGAGAAGCUGGAGACCAGACAAAGGCUGAUUCUUCUAAUACUUCUCCAGGAAGUCAUGGGGUGGAGGAAUCUGUAAGCCAAGUCAAAAAUGCUCAUAUCCCUUCACUGCUGUCUAUGCCCACCAGGAAUCAUAUGGACAUCACUACUCCUCCACUGCCACCUGUUGCACCUGAAGUAUCUCGUGUAGCAGAACAUAGACAUAAAAAAGGAUUAAUGUAUCCAUACAUUUAUCAUAUCCUUACCAAGGGUGAAAUUAAAAUUCCAGUUACUAUUGAAGAUGAAGCCAACAAAGACCUGCCUCCUGCUGCUCUGCUAUACCGCCAGGUUCGACAGUAUGUUUACGGAGUUCUCUUUAAUUUAGCAGAAAGCAGGAAGAAAGCUGAAAGACUUGCACUUAGAAGAAACAGAAUGUCCCCAGAAUUUCCACUGGUGUUGAUCAAGGAAUGGGCAGUAUAUAAAGGAAAAUCUCUUCAGACUCCUGAGCUGGUGGAGGCUCUUGCAUUCAGAGAGUGGACAUGUCCCAGUUUGAAGAAAUUGUGGUUGGGAAAAGCAGUAGAAGAUAAAAAUCGAAGAAUGAGAGCAUUCUUGGCCUGCAUGAGAUCGGACACACCAGCAAUGCUUAACCCCUCCCUUGUCCCCAGUCACCUUUUGGUGCUGUGUUGUGUAUUGCGGUACAUGGUACAGUGGCAAGGAAUAAGAAUCUUGCGUCGGCAAGAGUUAGAUGCUUUUAUAGCCCAAGCUGUGUCACCAAAGCUCUUUGAACCUGAUCAGCUGCAGGAGCUUAAGAUUGAAAAUCUUGAUCCUCGAGGUAUCCAGCUAUCCGCUCUGUUUAUGAGCGGUGUAGAUAUGGCACUCUUUGCAAAUGAUGCCUGUGGACAGCCAAUUCCUUGGGAACACUGCUGUCCGUGGAUGUACUUUGACGGCAAGCUUUUCCAAAGCAAGUAUAUCAAAGCAAACCGGGAGAAGGUUUCUCUACUCGACCUCUGUGAUGGUCAGGCUGAGCAAGCUGCCAAGGUUGAAAAGAUACGGCAGAGCAUUCUGGAAGGGUUGAAUUUUACCAGGCCAAUUCAUCCUAUUCCUUUUCUUCCUCCACCACCUCCACCUCCCAUGCCCUUCUAUCCUGCUGCUGUUUACCCUCGCCCAGUGUGUCCAAUGCCCCCACCUCCAGGCAGGGGCAGAAACUUUGCUGGUGUGCAGCCAAUUCCUUCUCAGGGAGGAAAACUUGAAAUAGCCGGCACUGUUGUUGGCCAAUGGGCAGGGACCAGACGUGGGAGAGGAAGAGGUUUUAUCCCUUUGCAGGUUGUUUCAGUUGGAGGACCAAAUAGAGGGCGUCCAAGAGGAGUCAUUUCUACUCAUGUCAUAAGGACUUUUGGCAGAGGUGGCAGGUAUUACCACAGAGGCUCCAAAACUCAGGGAGCAGGCCAGCAGAGUAAGCCUCCAUACGCAGCUUCAGCAGCAGAAGUGGCCAAAGAACUCAAGAAAUCAAAGCCUGAAGAUUCAAAGUCUUCAGCUGUGUCUUCUGACAGCUCUGUAGCUGAGAAUGGAGCAGCAAACGAAAACAAACCAGCUUCACAGCUAAAUGGAAGUAAUGAGGUUGUUGAAACUUCCAUAAAGUCUGAAAGUGCCUUGAGUAAUGACUCUAAAAUGUGCAAUACAAAUCCUCACUUGAAUGCACUAAAUGCAGACAGCAGCUGCCAAAGAGUUGAUGCUCUUGAAGCAGCUGUCUUAAAUAAAGAAGAGUAAGCUUAUUUUUAUAGAGGGUGAAGGAUGUUGGAAGGUUCAGGGAUAAAAUUAUUGGGAAAGAAGGAAAGCCUACAGUUGAGUACAUUUUUUCCUUUCCAUAAGAGAAAAAUGAAGACUUUGGAAAUUCGGAUCCCUCUUUGAUAACGAAUUAAGUAAAAGCAGAAACCUUUCUUUCUAACCAGUUGUAGUCAAAAUGCUACAAACAAGAAAAAAAAAAUGAAGAGCAUUUGACUCCCGUGUUUAAAAAUGAAAUACACAAGAUGUUCUAACUGGUUAUGACAACGCUUGGAUUUUCUUUUCUUGAGAUAAAGAAAAAUUUUGGCAGUCUUCAGUAUAUAGCUUAACUAUGUUUUUUUUUUUUUUUUUUUUUUAAGUAAUUGGCACCAUAUGUAUGCCAUAAUUGAUUUUUCAUUACAUUGUCAUACAGGUAAAUCCAUCUUUAAAGCUUUGGUUUCAUUAUGAACAGAAGAUAACCACAGCUUUCUAUACUAUGGUCUUCACUUAUGAUGUGGUUCUUUGUGUUGAGAAGUGCAAGGAAUUCAAACAAAUUACGUAACUUUAAAGUUUUGUUAAAACUUAAGUUCUAAGCUAAACACAUCAUAAAUGCUACAACAUGACACGAAGUUGCAACUUAAAUGAUAGAAAAUGCAGCUGACCUUUCAUAAUAUGCAGAUGACCUUUCAGAAUAGUUACACAAGCUGUUCUUAAACUUUUUUUUGUGACGGAAUAAUACCAUGCAUCUGUGAUCAAUGAACUAUGUGGUUUUGAAUCGGACGUAGAACAUUAGUACUACUAUUUGAGCUAAACUUCUGCAUGGUUCAUAAUUUUUAAGGUGUGUAGUUAAUAUGCAUGUUCUUGUCCUCUUUCUUCCAUCCUUACAAGUACUGUGCCCAUUCGCAAAAUUUAAAAAAAGCUAAUUAUCAGUAAUAGUCCUAUGAAAGGUGUUAAAUAUGUUUAGUCAUUAACUGAUCUUGCUCUAACCUUAACAAUUUUGUGAUUAUUGACCUUUGUUGCAUUUAUUAUGAAAAAUUUAAAAAAUAUCUAGCCACUUUGAAUAUUAAUGUUAACCCUGGUGUAAUCAUUGCUGUAUGCAUUCUUGUUAUCUGUUGCUGUUUUAUGCAUUCAUAUUAGCAGAUAAGAAACUCUGACAAAUCACUUUAAAAAGCUUUGAUCUAAGCAGUUAUUCCCCUUUCUGUAGCAGGAAACAAAAUGCUUGUUUUUAAAAGAAAAAAAAUGUUCCCGUCAAGAGUUUAGUAUACCUGUACCAUUUUGAUGUUUUACUAGCUUUUCCAGACUCACUGUACUUUUAAAUCAGAAUUGUUACCUUAUGUUUGUUUUCAUAUAAUUCUCCUGAUGCUCUUCAUCACAUAUUAGUGAUUGGAAAUGAGAUGUAAUUCCCCAUCCCCUACCUGCAAGAGCUGAAUAGAUGCCUUAAUGUAAGUUGAAAGGAGUUCAUCCCUAACUCAAGGAAUGUGCAAGAAUGAACUACUGUUGGUUUUGACUGUUUGCAGAUGGAUUUUGGAAUGGUGUAUCAGAAGGUUAUUGAAUGCAACUUACAGAGCUUAAUAAAAAAUCUUUAUUCUUUUA